AUGCUGGUGGAUGUAACUGAUGUUGGGGGGUUGACAGCAAAGAAUAAUUGGCAAACUCCUAAGAAAUUAGGGUCUCAAAAUAAGCAAGGACAAAGAGGAAGUAAUAGCAAGAAUGGUCACAAAGUAGGGGUCCAAGGGAAGAAGUUGAUAAAUGGUUUUGGGGUCCUGCAGGAUCAGACAGAGGGGAGUGUUGGAGACAGGGUGACUGAAGGAAGAAUAUUGUUAAUUUGGAGGAAAGGUUUUGUCAAAGUUAGUUUGAUAAAGGAGGAUUCUCAAUUUGUUCACUGCCUGGUUAAAAUGAUAGGUCAUAAACAGGCUUUUUACAUUACUUUUGUGUAUGGGAGAAACACUUUGGAGGAGAGGAAGUGUUUAUGGCAAGGCAUUUCUCAGCUUGUUCAGCUGAGUCAUUCUUGGAUGAUUUUAGGAGAUUUUAAUGAUGUUUUUACAGCGAAGGAUAGGAGUGGGGGAAGCCAGUUUCUCAGAUGGAAAUGGUUGAUUCUGCUCUUUGUGGACUUCCCCAAUACUACUGCUGUGUUUAAAUGGGAAACUAGCUCCAAUCACUGUUCUUGCACCAUUUCUGUUUUACCAAUUGAGAACUUAGGGGUUAAACCUUUUAGAUUCUAUAAUUUUUGGACUGAGCAUGCUCAUUUUAAGCAGCUGGUUUUGGAGUGUUGGAAGCAGCCAAUGAAGGGAUCUGGUUUGAAAUCCAUUUUCUUGAAGACAAUGAGGCUUAAGCAUAAACUAAAAAGGUUCAACAUGGACCGAAUUGGAGAUAUAGGGGUUCAAUUUCAAAAAGCUAAGGAUCAAUUUCAGAAUGCUUUGUAUUAUGCUCAACUUUAUCCAAGUAAUAUAAUCUUUCAAGAAGAAGUUAAAACAGCAGCUGCUAACUUCAGAGUUCAUGAGAAAAGCUAUUACAGCUUUUUAGCACAAAGGAGUAAGAUAAGGUGGCUGAAUCAAGGGGAUAUGAAUACUGCGUUCUUUUUCGCCUAUAUGAAGAAACGUAAAGAGGAUAAUAGAAUAGCCACGUUCAUCAAUGAGCAAGGUAGGGUGGUGGACAACUACUCGGAAGUUGUUUCUCAUUUUCUGAAUCAUUUUCAGGGUAUUAUGGGAAGUCCCAGUUUGGUUUUCAAGGGCUUAAACAGUAAGAUUGUGGAUAUGGGAGUUAAACUGAAUCUAGACCAGCAGCUUCUAUUAUUGAAACCGUUCACGCAUAAGGAAAUUCGAGAUGCCAUGUUUAGUAUUUCUAACAUCAAAUCGCCUGGUCCUAAUGGUUUUGGGUCAGCGUUUUAUAAGGUGAUGUGGCUGGACAUAGGGGAUGAAAUUUGUAGAGCGGUUCUCCAAUUUUUUGAGACAAGUUUUAUUCCAGAGGAAUUGCUGAAUACUUCAUUGUCUUUGGUUCCUAAAUUUGAUACUCCUAAUCGGGUUGUGGAUUUUAGACUUAUUGUGUGUUGCUCAACUUUGUACAAAUGUGUUUCAAAGCUACUUUGCUCUCGAUUAGCCAAAGUCCUCCCUUUUUUAGUUCACUCUAAUCAGGGAGCGUUCAUUCAAGGCAGAUCAAUAGCCCAUAAUGUUCUCAUUUGUCAAGAUAUCAUUAAGAAUUACAGAAGAUCGUCCAUUUCACCACGGUGUGCAAUUAAAGUUGACAUAAGCAAAGCCUACGAUACAAUAGAUUGGAGAUUUAUUGAGGAUCUCCUAAAGGCGUUAUGCUUCCCUUCUAGAUUCAUUGGCUGGAUAAUGACCUGUAUUUCCAAAACUUCCUAUUCUUUAAUUAUGAAUGGAAGGAUUCAGGGCAGGUUCAAAGGGGCGAAGGGGCUGAGACAGGGAGAUCCUAUCUCCCCUCUAUUAUCUGUCUUAGUUAUAGAGUAUCUUACUCGUAGUCUCCAUUUAGCUACGCAGAACUCAGCCUUCAGAUUCCAUCCUUUAUGUAAGAAUCUUAAGCUCAUUAGCCUUUGUUUUGCUGAUGAAUUAUUGAUUUUUUGUAAAGGGGUUUUGUCAUCAGUUAAAAUCAUCAAGAGUGUGUUGGGGGAGUUUAGUUCUGUGACUGGUCUUCAGAUUAAUGAGAGCAAAUCUCAGGUUUUUUAUGGGGGAAUUUCAGCUACUGACCGAGAGCUUUUGUCUGCUGAGUUGAGCCUAUCUGAUGGGGUGUUCCCUCUGAAAUAUCUUGGAUUUCCUAUGAGACCUACAAAAUGGAAGCAUGAAGAUUGUGGUGUCAUCAUUCAAAAAAUAAAAAUGAGAUUACACACCUGGGCUAGUAGACAUCUGUCAUUUGCAGGCAGAAUGCAACUUAUUCAUUCUGUUUUGUUUGGUUUGAGGAAUUAUUGGAUGAGCAUUUUUGUUCUACCUCAAAGUGUUAUCAAGGAAAUCGAGAGGCUCUGUUGUGGCUUUCUUUGGGGUCUUAAUGGUAAUAGGUGUAAGAUUCAUAUGGCUUCUUGGGACAAAGUCUGCUUGCCUAAGGCUUUUAGGGGGCUCGGUUUCAGAAAUGGGCAGCGAUGGAAACAUGCUAUAUUUGCUAAGUAUAUUUGGGUUGUCUCCGAAAAACAUGAUGUGUUGUGGGUGAAAUGGAUUAACUCAAUUUAUCUGAAAGACUCUGAUUUCUGGUCCUAUAGAUUACCUCAGGAUACCAGCUGGUAUUGGAGGAAAUUAUGCAAUCUCAUAGGUAAAUUCAGUAAGGAGGAUAUCAUUGCUGCUGGUUUAAAUGGGAAGUUUAACUCUGCCAAUCUAUAUAUUCAGUCCUUGAAUCAUGUUCAGGUCAUAAAUUCUCAGUUACUGAAUUAUGAUAAUCUGUUGAGGUUCAAAGUGCCUCUUGAUUUUGUCAUGUGCCCAGUCUGUGGUGUUGUUGAAGAGAGCCACUCUCACUUAUUCUUUGCCUGUUCUUUAUCAGUUAAGGUUCUGGAGCUCUUAGCUGAGUGGCUGGAUAUCAGUUUAUGGCCUUAUGAAUUUGACAGAUGGAGAGAUUGGCUUUCUGGCAGAAACAAUGGGUUACUAUCUCACAUUUAUAACAUGUUGUUUGCUGCUGUUGUGUACUGCAUAUGGAGGAAUCGCAAUUGCUGUAUAUUUGAUCUUUGUUCUCGGAUUGCUUCCAGUUUAGUUGCUGAAGUUAAGCUUUUAAUGCAGCACAGGCUUAAUAGUAUUAGUAAGAAGAAGUUAUCUAUCCAGGAAACUUGUUUAAUUGCUCAAUUUACUAUGUAA